AUGUUGAGCAUGAUUAAACAAGCUGGUACACCAGCCGAUGCCAAGAGAGGACAAUCACUCUUACUCAAUAUCAGUGCCGCCAAGGGUUUGCAAUCGGUUCUCAAAUCUAACCUUGGUCCAAAGGGUACCAUCAAGAUGUUGGUAUCUGGUGGUGGUGACAUCAAGAUUACAAAGGAUGGUAGUGUUUUAUUACAUGAAAUGCAAAUUCAACACCCAACAGCAGCAUUGAUUGCAAGAACAGCAACUGCACAAGAUGAUAUUACAGGUGAUGGUACAACAUCAAACAUUAUAACGAUUGGCGAAUUGUUGAAACAAAGCGAGAGAUAUUUGGCAGAGAAUGUACAUCCACGUGUAUUGUCAGAGGGUAUCAACUUGGCAAAGGAUCGUGUUUUAGAGUUCCUCGAGAAAUUCAAGCAAACUAAAAACACAUUGGACAGAGAAUUGUUGGUAUCGAUUGCUAGAUCUUCAUUGCGUACAAAGGUUCCAGUACCCAUUGCCGAUCAACUCACCGAGCACGUAGUCGAUGCUCUCUUGCUCAUCAGAAAGGAUGACGAACCACUCGAUCUCUUUAUGGUCGAAACCAUGACCAUGCAACACCGUACCGACGGUGAAUCCACCCUCGUCAAGGGUCUUGUCCUUGAUCACGGUGCUCGUCAUCCAGACAUGCCAAAGAAAUUAACAAACUGUUUCAUCCUUACCUGUAACGUUUCUUUGGAAUUUGAAAAGACUGAAGUAAAUUCAAAUUUCUUAUACAAGGAUCAUGAACAAAGAUCAAGAAUGAUUGAUGGUGAACAUAAAUUGAUUGCACAAAGAUGCAGACAAAUUAUUGAAUUAAAGAAUCACGUUUGCGAUACACCAGACAAGAGCUUUGUUGUCAUCAACCAAAAGGGUAUUGACCCAAUCUGCCUCGACAUGUUUGCCAAGGCCGGUAUCCUCGCUUUGCGUCGUGCCAAGCGUAGAAAUAUGGAACGUCUCACAUUGGCAUGUGGAGGUACCGCCAUGAACUCGUUGGAAGACCUCACUCCAGACCUCCUCGGUCACGCCGAGCUCGUCUACGAACACACCAUUGGCGAGGACAAAUACACUUUUGUCGAAGGUGUCAAGAACCCAUUCUCAUGUACUAUUCUCAUCAAAGGACCAAAUAAACACACCAUCGAGCAAAUCAAGGACGCCCUCCGUGAUGGUCUCCGUGCUGUCAAAAACACCAUUGAAGAUGGUGUCGUCAUCCCAGGUGGUGGUGCCUUCCAAGUGGCUGCCCACCGUGAUCUACUCGAGUUCAAGGACACCGUCCAAGGCCGUACCAAGUUGGGUGUGCAAGCAUUUGCCGACGCCAUCCUCGUCGUGCCAAAGACCUUGGCCGAAAACUCUGGCUUUGAUCCAAUGGACACCCUCAUCAAGUUGCAAGACGAACAUGCCAAGGGCCACAUUGUCGGUCUCGACAUUACCUCUGGCGAGCCAAUGAACCCCAUCCAAGAAGGUGUCUACGAUCAAUACUCUGUCCUCAAACAAAUUUACAGAAGCGCUCCAGUCAUUGCCGCCCAACUUUUAUUAGUCGAUGAAAUCAUCAAGGCCGGUAAGGGUAUGAGAGGUAGCAGUGUUCCAGAUGGUGCUCAAGAAUAA